CGCGUUCGCGGAGCGGAAGCGAGACCUGAGGCCAACCGCCGGGGAAGAGGAGAGACACAGAGAGAGAGGAGAUCGCAGAUCUGUGAAAGGGUGACGCGGUGCAGUGGGCUGGUUUUCCUUGAGGAGGAUGUUUACGAUCUAGUUCACCCCGAUCCAGCCGCGUUUACAGCAAACGAGGAAAGUGGAAAUCGCCUUCUCCUCCUGACGGGCUGCGGGUCCGGUGUGCUAGCCGUCCGGUUCGCCGGUGAGGGGGACAUGUUGGCGCGCCUGGUGUCGGGGACAGACGCCGAUCGCCCCGGGGCCUGAGCCGAGCCGACCGCGCAGGAGAUUCACGAUGCGCCGGCGGUAGCGACAGAGGGAGCCGACGAAGACCAGACUUGGGCGGUGAAGUCAACCUGAGGACUCGGAUAAACCAGGUCGAGACAUUGGGAGCCUGAAAUACUGCAGCCAUGGUGCAGAAGUACCAGUCCCCUGUGCGGGUUUACAAACACCCUUUCGAGCUGGUCAUGGCGGCCUACGAGCGGCGGUUCCCCACCUGCCCUCUGAUCCCCAUGUUCGUGGACAGCGACGUGGUCAGCGAGUACAAGAGCGAGGACGGCGCGGUGCACGUGCUGGAGCGCCGCUGCAAGCUGGACGUGGACGCCCCCCGGCUGUUAAAGAGGAUCGCCGGGGUGGAUUACGUUUACUUCAUCCAGAAGAACUCCCUGAACCGCAGAGAGCGGACCCUACAGAUCGAGGCCUACAAUGAGACGUUCUCCAACAGGGUCAUCAUCAACGAGUUGUGCUGCUACACCGUUCACCCAGAGAAUGAGGACUGGACUUGUUUCGAGCAGUCAGCAAGUCUGGACAUCAAGUCUUUCUUCGGCUUUGAGAGCACAGUGGAGAAGAUUGCGAUGAAGCAGUACGCCAGCAGUAUUAAAAAGGGCAAGGAGAUCAUCGAGUAUUACUUACGAGAGCUGGAGGAAGAAGGCGUGACCUGGGUCCCCCGCUGGACCCCUCCCGUCUCUCCUGCCAAGACCAGCGCCACUGCCAGGCCCGAGCUGCCCGUCUCCCCUGCCAUCAGCAUCCCCACUGCCAGCACCAAGGAGAGCCAAAGCAGCAAGGAGGCAUCCAGCCUGCCCGGCAGCCUCACUGAGCCCAUCUCAGGAACGCCCGACGACAAACUGGACGCUGAUUACAUCAAGCGCUACCUGGGAGACCUGACGCCCCUGCAGGAGAGCUGCCUGAUCCGCCUCCGCCAGUGGCUGCAGGAGACGCACAAGGGAAAGAUCCCGAAGGAUGAGCACAUCCUGCGAUUCCUGAGGGCGCGGGAUUUUAACAUCGACAAGGCGAGGGAGAUCCUGUGUCAGUCCCUCACCUGGAGAAAGCAGCAUCAGGUGGACUACCUACUGGAGACCUGGAGUGCCCCCCAGGUCCUGCAGGAUUUCUAUACUGGGGGCUGGCACCACCAUGACAAAGAUGGGCGCCCACUCUACGUGCUGCGCCUGGGCCAGAUGGACACGAAGGGGCUGGUCCGAGCCCUCGGGGAGGAGUCUCUGCUGAGACAUGUGCUUUCUAUUAACGAGGAAGGGCUGCGACGAUGCGAGGAAAAUACCAAAGUCUUUGGUAGACCAAUAAGCUCCUGGACCUGCCUGGUGGACCUGGAGGGGCUGAACAUGAGGCACCUGUGGCGACCCGGAGUGAAGGCCCUGCUGCGCAUCAUCGAGGUGGUGGAGGCCAACUACCCCGAGACCCUGGGGCGGCUGCUCAUCCUGAGGGCCCCCCGCGUCUUCCCAGUGCUCUGGACCCUGGUCAGUCCUUUCAUCGACGAGAACACCCGCAAGAAAUUCCUCAUCUACGCAGGCAACGACUAUCAGGGCCCGGGAGGCCUGGUGGAUUAUAUCGACAAGGAGAUCAUUCCCGACUUCUUGGGGGGGGAGUGCAUGUGUGAAGUUCCAGAGGGGGGGCUGGUGCCCAAGUCUCUGUACAGGACGGCGGAAGAGCUGGAGAACGAGGACAUCCGCCUGUGGACCGAGACCAUCUACCAGAGCGCCAGCGUCUUCAAGGGAGCCCCGCACGAGCUGCUGAUUGAAAUUAUCGAUGCCUCCUCCGUCAUCACCUGGGACUUUGACGUGUGCAAAGGCGACAUAGUCUUCAACAUUUUCCACUCCAAGAGAGCCCCCCAGCCCCCCAAGAAGGACACCCUGGGGGCCCAUGGCAUCACCUCGCCUGGGGGGAACAACGUGCAGCUGAUCGACAAGUCCUGGCUGCCGGGGCAGGACUACAGCAUGGUGGAGUCGCCGCUCAUCUGCAAGGAGGGAGAGAGUGUGCAGGGAUCCCACGUGACCCGCUGGCCAGGCUUCUACAUCCUGCAGUGGAAGUUCCACAGCACGCCGGCCUGCGCCGCCACCAACCUGCCGCGGGUGGACGACGUGCUGGCCACGCUGCAGGUCUCCUCGCACAAGUGCAAAGUCAUGUAUUACACCGAGGUGCUGGGCUCGGAAGACUUCAGGGGCUCCAUGACCAGCCUGGAGUCCAGCCACAGCGGAUUCUCCCAGCUGAGCUCCGCCACCACCUCCUCCAGCCAGUCCCAGUCCAGCUCCAUGAUCUCCAGGUAGUGCGGCGUGCCAGUGGGAGAGCAGGGCAGAGAGCGCCCCCCGGGGGAGGAGAGACGGGACUUUGCCGGAGCUCAGGCACGACCCUGCGCUGCUCCGUUCGUCCUGCACCCCCUGCACCCUGCUCACAAUGAAGAGCGCGCCUGCACAAUAAAACCAGAAACGAUCUACAAAGCAAGAAUCAUGUCAUAGAAGGGCUCCGUUUUGCACCAGGAGAUGCGUUUUCCUGGCAACCAGUUAGGAAACAAAUCAACACAUUAACACAACAGUUUUCGACGUGCUGCGAGUUUAAUAACACAGCAGUGACAAAAAGAAACUUUUCACAAGACGUGGAAAAAAAACCAUUGCGCUGUGAAAACAGGACGUGUUGUAAGCCACAAAGCACAUUUUUUUAUUUUGCCGCCUGGAAUGGAACUUGUAUGUCAUGGAUUGUACAUAGGUCAAGCUUGGAGAGAAGUGGUUAGAAGUAGCCAAAAAUCUGCCAUUAACAGUAGAAACUGCAUUUUUUUGUUGUUAGAAAAAGAUGGAGGUGAGUCGUUUUGUGACUUGGGUGCUAUAUUUAGUAAAACAAUAAAUGCUGGAGUGCAGCUCGAGAGUUAUCUAGGGGUCUCUGGGCAAAUGUGUCCAUGCCACUGUGUUAGAGUCGCGAAAAUACACGAAAUACAGGUGGGAAUGGACAUUAGAGAAGUGGAUCCCAUCGUGGUGCCGGAGUCCCAAACACCUGCGGGUCUUUAGUCCAGCCACGCUCUCUGACCCCUUAAUUGAUUUAAUCAAAGGAUUGAUUUGAAACGCUUGACCGUCUUCAGGUCUUAUCCCUGUUGGAGGUGGCCCAUGAACUAUUGCAUUUCCUAGGUAGCCUAAAAGCUUUCAAAUGUUCCUAGACACCUGUUCGUUCGGGCAAGGCGUCAAUUAAGUGAUUAAGCUGGGCUGGAAUGAGAUCCAGCAGGUGUGGGGGGCUUUUGCUUCAGACGCUCAGUUGAAUUACUGAUUUAAAAAGUCCCAGACUGCCUCCCAUUAAUCUGUAACCUGCGUUUGUAUGGAAAAGCCUUUUCAUUGACUAACAGUGAAAUUCUUGCCUCUCACUGCAAAAUAAAAAUUAGUGGCCACUCAUGUAUCAAUAUAGACUUUAACCAAAAUGCUAUCGUCAGUUAAAUAUGUCAUCGCCCUAUAUAGUUUUUAAAACUAGAGGGGAGCUUGUUUAUACCCGGUCUCAUCCCUGCAGUCCUGGCCCAGCUACAGUGGCCGACCAGUGUUCCCAGUGCGCUCACAUUCAGGGAGAUCAAGACUGUCCGGGGGGGGUCUCGGGCAAGAGAGCGUCCCAGAGCCGUGAGAGUUCGGGAGCCACGUCGCGGCUUCUGCGCAGUAACCAGCGGCCUUUUAUUCAGCGCUUGGCAGCAGGAGGGCCUGACUGAACUCGGCGAGAGUCGCGGGAGGCGUGAAUUAGGAGGCAGCUGUAGAUGAAGGCAACAUGGAUUCCAGGCGAAUCCCAGCCUAUGUUUCACUGGCUGAAGGGCACGGGAGAAGCAGUUUUUCUUUCCUUAAAUGUCGGUGUGAUCACUCCAGCGGCUGCCUUUCGAAAGGCUGCUUUUCUGUCUUUCUAAAGACAGAAGCAUUUUCUCAAAAAGGCCGUUCUAAAAAGACGGAAAAUUAGGUUCCACGAAAAAUGAAUGCUGACUAAGAUGAUCAUUUUAAAGAGUGGCUGAUACAUGAUAAAUGAACACUAUAGUCCCAGAUUCUGGCAUGCUUGCCCUUAUUACAAAUGUAUAACAUGAAUACAUUAAAGUUAUAUAACAAUGGGAAUGCAGUUAACCUCUAAACUGUCUAACCUCCGAAGCACAAUUUAUCUCAUAUUUACAAAGGUCUUGCAGGUAUUUCUCUUGAUAGCCUUGCAAAUCAGUGAACCAUGCAUUUCAGCUACAGAUUUUUUAAAUGGUAUUUUUACUUUCGAAGGUCUAUCGUAAAGUUUGUGGUGUUUUAGAGCUGCUCACAGACAGUUAAGAUGGACUUUUUGAGAUGACGCUUUUUUUUCCUAUGAAAAUCUGGAACAGUGACAUUUACUGGUCAUCACAACGCCAAACAAAAUGACAAAGAUGGACUGAUAGAAAAGAGCAUCCAUGACAUGUCAUGGAUCAAAUUCUGGAGGUAUUUGGCUAACCCAGAUUAGAAAGUAACUCAGUUUUCUAACAGCUUUUUUAAUGUAAAUGUAUCUACUUUGAAGUGAAUAUAUGUAUGUAUAGAUCAUUUGCAAUAACAAAAUGUUGCUGUACAGUGUAAUUAACCCUUUUGACAAGA